CAAAUCUUGAAUAAUAUUUAUAUUGCAACUAUGAGUAGGCUAUUGGUUUUUAAAGUAUAUUCUAUGUAUUAAUACCAAGUGCAACGGAGGUUGUGCCGAAUUUAUUUGUAUGUUAAUGCUAACGCACUGUUACACUCAAAAUUACGCUGUUAAGUUGACAAUGCGGCGAAUUCCCCAAUGCAGAGCUGUUUACUAUAUUAUCGAUAACCUGCCGUCGCCCUAGUGAUAAACAGCUGAUAGCAAUAGAAAUAAUAAAUAAAUAAUGCUGCAAUGGAGGUAAAUCCGCUGGCCGUGAUACUUGUCUAUUUCGACAGCAAAGGCGAUCGUCUGCUGUAUCGCUAUCCAUACCAAACACUCGGCCAAACGCUCAAAUUGGAAGAGCCGCACGAAGAGCAACUGAACAAAAAGCGCAAUCCCUUCGCCGUCGCAAGCACUGAUGACCUGCUGCAAACGCCCACGCAUCAACAUCCGACCCAAGCUCAAGGUCAGGGACAGGGACAGCUGCAGGGCUUUGCAGACGAUGUGUUGUCUGCUUUGUUUGCAGUCAAGCCGCAACUUUGCAACCAGAAAUUCGAGCUCAAACUAAACGAUGUGCGCUUCGUCAGUCAUCCCACUUUGAUCAGCGUGGUGCCUGCUGUGACAUCCAAUUCAGCGUCAAAUCAAACCACAACGUCUGGUAGCAAUGCAGCUAGCAGCAGCAUGGCUGUAACUGUGGCAAAGAAGCAACAAAUGUUGAUCAACAUUGUGUUUGCUCUGCAUGCACAGGCAAGUUACUCUAUUGUCAAGUGCUACCACGAGUUAAGCAAGCGCCUGGGACUGGCGCUCAAAUUUGAGGAACAACGCAGUGGCUAUCUAACGGAACAAACGGCGUACAUGGCGCGCACCCAUGACGAACAGCAACAACAGCCGCUGGAACGCACCUUUGAGCUGAUCGCAGAACGUUGCAGCUUGGCUAAAGCGCUUAAGUCAAUCUGCAAUGAUUUGUGCACCACGGGAUUGCUGAGCACCACGCUGAACUCGAAUUUAACGCUGACCUUUUGUCUGCCCGCAAAGGCACAUCAGCUGCACAAGAAGGGUAGCAUGGUGGAUCCGGAGACAAUUGAUCGUUGUCUCCGCGCACUGAAGCCCUAUCAUGGAAUGUUGCUACUCGUAGACUUUGCCGAGCUGUUGGACUGUGUGCCACCAACGGGGGCCCGCAUGUUGUGGCAACUGGUGGACGCAUACAAUCCGCUCAUCAGUCUGCAGAGCAUGGCCUCAAAUGCGGAUCUGAGCAUUGAGCAUGUCUACAAGUUGGUCUCGCAUCUGGUUUACUGGGCCAAGGCCACCAUCAUCUAUCCACUGUGCGAGACGAAUGUCUAUGUGAUUGCGCCAGAUGCGCCGCUGCACACCAAGUCGCAUCUGGUGGAGAAGUUCUCGACGCGCUUUGCGGGCAUGUCGCUGUUUGAGGUCAUUUCCGACUUCUCGUUGCCCACAUCGAUUGGACACUUGACGACGCCGCUACAGCAGCCGGCUCGUCAGGGCAUUCUGGCCCAAAUGGUGCUGUGGAUGCUGCAGCAUCAUCUGCUCAUGCAACUACACACCUACGUACAGUUUAUGCCCAGCGAUGACGAUGAGUUUGGCGACUCCGCCUCAUGCAAUCAAACCCACAUGCCCGGCAGCUGUGACAAUCUGACAGAGGAGGAGCGCGACGAGGAUCCACUGCACGGUGGCUCCAUCUUGAGCAUGUCCAGCCAACCUUUGCCGAUGCCCGUCAAUGCCAACAGGCGUCCGAUGGUGGAGGAUCACGACUCGCUGGCCUCGGAUAACAUUGCAGUGCAGCCGUCAAGUAGCCACAAGUCAAACUUUAGCAUGACGGCAUCGCUGAGCACCGACAACUGCGAUAGCUUGGACUCCAUGGAGGACGAGCAGAAGUUGAAGGAGCUGCUGCAGGUGUUCAAUGAUGCCGAUCGUGCCGCCAUUCGCCGCAUUCCCGCCUCCCUGAAUGUGGAUGAUCUGUCGCUGCUGGUGAAGCUUUAUCAGAUGGGAUACUUUAAGAGCGAGCAUCAUCUCGAGGAGAUCAUGUACUUUGAGAAUCUGCGACGGUCGCAGCUGCUGCAGUUGCUUGACAAGUUUCGCGACGUGCUCAUCAUUUAUGAGACCGAAGAUCCCGCCAUAGCCUCAAUGUACAACAACAAAUAAUAGUUUGUAAGCUUAAUGUAAUUUGUGUCUAUAAUAAAGGGCAUUCCAAAUGCUAAUCAUGGUUAAGAA